GCAUCAAGGAUGUUCAACGCAGGAGUGACCGAGGGACAAUCAACCACGAGGCCACCUUUGUUCGAUGGAACAAACUACUCGUAUUGGAAGGAGAGGAUGAGAAUCUUUAUCCAAUCCAACGACUACAAGCUGUGGUUGAUUGUGAAAAACGGCUGCGGAGUCCCGAUGAAGAAAGUCGGUGAAGUCGACGUCCCCAAAACCGAAGAGGAGUUCACCGACGAAGAUUGCAAAAAGAUGGAGCUCAACGCAAAGGCAAUAAACAUGAUUUAUUGCGGUGUUAAUGCGGAUGACUACCGUAAAAUCUCGCGGUGUGAAACCGCAAAACAAAUGUGGGAGAAAUUGGAGGUCACCUAUGAAGGAACCGCGCAGGUUCGGGAGGCCAAAAUCGACCAUCUUACUCACGAGUACGAACUCUUCUCAAUGAAGGAAAACGAGAAGAUUGAAGAAAUGUUUGAGAGGUUCUCUAACAUCAUCAAUCCUCUCAAUCUUAUCGGGAAGACCUACACCGACCGAGAACUCGUGAGAAAGGUGUUGCGAAGCCUAUCCCCCAAAUGGCGUUCAAAGGUGGACGCAAUCGAAGAAGGUCGUGACUUCCAAACAACGACCUAUGAUGCUCUUCGAGGUAAUCUUAUUACCUACGAAACCACCCAACUCUCAAAGGUGGUUGAAGAGAGGAACAAGAGGUCUAUUGCUCUACCCGCAACAACGUCAACACACAACAACAUUGAUGAUGAAGAUGAUGACAGCGACGACACCGACCUCGGAUUCUUUGUCCGAAAAUUCAAGAAGAUGAUGCUCAAGAAGGGAGCCAAGAAAAACACUCCACCCAAGUGCUAUGGGUGUGGUGAAAUUGGGCACAUCAAACCAAUGUGUCCGAAGCUCAAAAAUGAGAAAGACAAGAAGGCACCGAAGAAGCAACGUGCCUACAUUUCUUGGGAGAACGACGGCUCCGGGAGUGAAGACUC